UCUCUUUCCAAAAUAAUCUUUCCGACCAAAAGCAAAAGCAUCGACAUAAUUUAUAAAGACUUCAAUGGCAGAAUCUGAGCCUAAAAUCGAGUACACGACCAACGUCGAAACCGCCGUCACAAUGACGUCACCGGCAGCUUCCUCCAUCGCCACAACCAGCGUCCACGUAAGCGCCCUCGACGGCCUCGUCAACGUCAACUCUCUCUUCACCAUCGCCGUCUUCGUAGGUCUCUCCAUAGCCACUCCAGGACAGCACAGCCUCGAGCAGAGAUCCAGCUGCGACGCGAGUGCUGACGUGGCGAAGAAGCUACUUGUCUUCGAGGUCGUCUCCUUCAGCUUCUUCCUCUUCUCAUCUCUCGUAGCUCAGGGUCUCAAGCUUGCGUUGAACCUUCUAAAUAGUAAAGAUGUUGACGAGAUUUUCAGGGCGCAUAUUAAUAUUAAGGUUUUGAGAUGGGGGAUGAUGGCGUCUGCGGUUGGAUCUGUGAUGGGUUGUUUGUUUUUGAUGUUGUCUAUGGUUAAUGUGAUUCAGAUCCGUUUAGGGUUGCUUUCUUGUGGUAGUGAAUCUGCGGUUCAGGCGGUUGUAACGCUUGUGACGUUGGUUUCUUCUGCUCUUUUGGUUUAUAUUUCUACUGCGUUUUAUGCUUUUUGGCAUUGAAUCUGGUUUGAACAGUUUCUUUAUGUCUCUUUGUUUGUUUUGGAGAAUGAAGUAAAGAUGGAAAGAUCAGGAGCACUUGAUGUUAAGCUUUUUUUUUC